AUGGCGACAGCAUCCAAUGGUGGAUUGUUGAAGGGGUGGCUCAAGAAGGUGGAAGCAGAUGCGGAGCAGCUAGGGCAGAAUGCUGAGGAGAAGGCCGAGCGAAUGACAGGGGCAAUGAGGAGUAGUUUGGAAGAAGCAUGGAAGGAGUUGAGCGAAUCCUUGACGAAGCCGGGGGUGGGGGAAAUAACGGAACUCUGCGGUCCGAAAUUCGCUGAAUCCAUAUGGAAUAAUGAAGGAAACGCCUGGCAGAAUGAAUAUGCCAAAGAUCUAUGUGCCGGUUUAAUGGGUAUUCGUUAUUUUAUGAGUGGUAUAACGGAAUUAGGAAGGGAAAAGGGGAAAGUGCACGUCGAGGCGAAUCUCCCCGAAGAUAAAUGGUUUGCUCGGUGCACCGUGGGCAUGCUGGCAUUAUCGGAAAUUUAUGGGGACCAUUGCCACUUGGACAAAAUUAUAGAUCAUGUGUCACCGAAGGUAGAGGAUAACUUAAGGAAUCAUGAAGGUAAAGGACUCCAAGAUUCGAUGAUUAGGAAAUGUGUGGGUAAGGUGGAUCCCACCGCUUUAAUUAUUGGUAGAACAGUUCUCCGGGGUAAAAUACGAAGGUGGGCAGAAGAGAGAAGAGAAGAAAAGGGGGCGGGGGGCUAUCGAAUAGGGAACUUGUGGGACGACAGGUGGCCACAGGUCUGCAAUAAUAGAAAGAAGGUGCCGAAUAUGGACGACCGGCAGAAGAGAGAAAAGUUAAAGGAGAAUAAAGUUAGUAUGGCACAAUUCAUGAGUCUGGGCAACACUCAAAGUAGUGCUAGUCAAGAAUCUACGAUAGCCGAUAUACUAGGAGAUCCUGACAAUAAGUACACAUUGAAAGAGGAAACAUUGAAAAAAGUACUUCAGGAUACAAUGCAAAACGACGGUACGAAUACUCCUAAUAUGGGCAAGUUAAUGGAACAGUUAAAGAAGGAAACUGAAACAACAACAGCUGUUGCAUGUAUCAAUGACAAGAAGAACGGUACCCAGGACAAAUCUAUGUGUGAACGCCUAGAAUGUAUGAAGCACUUAUGGCAGAACAGUGCAUCAGGACAAGGGAAUAAUGACAACUUCUGGACGGAGAAGAGUAAUGGCGCUGUGGCGCAACUAUGGAAAGAAUUGUCUGAUGCAAUGACACAGAAUGGCACAGCAGAGAAAGAAGAGUGUAAAAAAUUGCAAGAUGGAACUGAAGCAUCUCCGUCUGAGAAGGCGGCAUGCAAGUAUUUGCAUGCCGGCUUCAAAGCACUGUACAAGGAUACGACGACGACGUCGUCGUCGUCGUCGUCGUCGCCAACAGGCGACGACGUCUUAAAGAACAACCCAUCGUUUAGACAAACGAUGGGUUGUUUUUUACUUCAUGCUUAUGCAAAACACAUGAAAGAAAAAGCAACUUGUCUUAUUGAUGAAGGAAUACAAAAAGCUUUUACAAGUGCUGGGAAUGGUAACAAUGGUACUGAUAUUCCAUGCCAAUGGAAAGAGACAGACUAUGAGAACUGCAAUAUUAACAUAAAUGGCACAUCUGUCCCCGAUGAGACUGCAAAGAAGAAAGUAGAUGCUGUACUGGAAGCCGACAAGACAAACAUAGAUAAAAUGGCAAAGCAAAUAAAUAAAGUAGACAGUUUAUGUGACCAAGUCCAAUGUGUAACCAAGCGCUGGAUGAGUCAGAAUGGGGCCGCCCCAAAGAAAAGCUGGGGGGAUGUGUGGACGGAAGUCGGAAAGGAACUCACCCAACUUGCCAAGGGCACUACUAAAGAUAAGAGGGAAGACACUGAGAUCACGAAAUAUUGCGAUAAAAUCCCGCCGGGGAAGGAUGGAAAGACUCCUGAUAAGGAUGCUUGCCUCCUCAUAGCAGCAGGAUUAAAAAACCUCUACGACAUCAAGGACAACGAGAACGGUAACGAUGCCGUUAAGGCAUCGUUGAAAAGAACGAUGCAAUGUGUUCUAUUAAAUGCCAUUGCAGAUAAAAUGAAGGAAAAACUUCCAUGUAAAGAGGAAAGGAGUGUGGAGGACGGUAUAAAUAAGGCAUUUGACAAUAGUGAGGCUAUUAAGAAGGAAGGUGAAGGUUGCAAGACUAAUGAUAAGUGUUUUAUAUGUCCGAGGUUCGAAAAAUAUAGCGAAUGUAGAAUUAAGGAGAGUGCCGGCGGCGAAGAAAAGACUUUAAAGGAGAAAAUUGAUCCCAAGUUAGAAGAUACUGGUCUUUAUAGUACUAAUUCCUUAAUGACGUCUUCUCUCACCAAGACCAUAUGUAAACCAUGUACUGGGGACAGUACGAAGACAUUAUGUCAGCAAGUGGAAUGUAUUAGGGGUAAAUAUGGACAGAUUAGGAAGGAGGGGGACAAUGCAACUUGGAGUAAGAUGGAGGGUGACUUCAAUACGCAGUUAACGAAUUUACUGAACUACAUGAAGGGGACUGAUAAUCAAGCGAAAGUUGCCAUCCACUGUGACAAAGACACCACGGGCAAAAAAUGGAAAAAUGACGACGCCCAUGACGUCGCUAACAAGAUCGCCUGCCAGCUUGUUGCACGGGGGCUGCAAUAUAUUUCAACUAUUCAGGAAUCCUACUCCGGCGGUCAGCCAAACCCCUAUGAUAACCAAGAGUUUAAACAAUUCUUCUCUUGUUUAAUGUUAAAAGCCGUCGUAGAGGAAAUGAAAAAAAAGAGUCACAUUUGCGACAUAGAACCCGGCAUAAAGGCCGCAACUCAAGCAUGGAAUCAAAUUAAAGGAACUCAUUGCACAAAGGAGCCCUGCAUUGACUGCAAUUUGGACGUCUUUGACAAAUAUGAUGAUUGCCCCAUUGGCAACAAUGCCAAUGUCAAGGUAAAGUCCAAAUUGAAUGACUUGCUCACACAGAAGAAUGACGACGUCAAUACCGCCCUCACGGACAUAACUAUAACAUAUGGAAAUGCGGCUUCUUCUUUAUGUCUCCGUUUACAAUGUUUAGCAUCUCGAGUACAAGCACUCGCUACGUCUAAUGGACAAUACAGCAGCAAUGCGAGCUCAUUUUGGGACAGUGGCGGCGAAGUCGCCAACUUAUGGAACGAACUGUCCGCAGCAAUGAAGAAGAGUAAUGGACAAGGGACCAACGAUUGUAAUCAAAUGGACGAUGAUAAUAGAACUGCAACGAAUCCUGAAAAGAAGGCAUGCAAUUAUUUGCAUGCCGGCUUAAAACAACUAUACCAACCGGAUAAUUCAGCAACAGGAACGACCAACAACAGCAUUUUGUCCAACCCAUCGUUGAGACGAACGAUGGGUUGUUUAUUACUUCAUUCUUAUGCAAAACAUAUGAAAGACAAAGCGAAUUGUUUAGUGGAAUCAGGAAUAAAGAAGGCUUUCGACACUGUUGUUAAAAAUCUUAGAGGUAGUUGCAAUGAUGGCGAGGGACCUUGUGUUCUUUGCCAUUGGAAUGAAAAGGACUAUGAAGGUUGCAAAAUUACCACAACUGGCAACACCCAAACGGAAGCAAAAACCAAAGUGGAAGGCAUUGUAAAGACCGAAUCCGUAUCUAACGCCAUGAAGGAAAUAAACCACAUGGGAAACCUAUGCGAUUACAUUAAAUGUGCCGCACCUAAAUGGUUCCACAACCAAAAGAACAACAACAAGCAAGCAGGGAGUGGUAGCAGUGGUACUGCAACGAAAAGUUGGUGUGACUUUUGGGGGGAUAAAGGCGUCAAACUCGAACUGCAGAAGAUGUUCCAAAAGAUCGCCACAGAAGGACAGAACAACCGAACUUCCAUCACUAUUCGCACAGCAUGCCGUGGCUUCGGCGACGGUAAUGCUGAUAGUGUCGAAACAAAAGUAUGUAAUCAUAUCACAGCAGGUUUAAUAUACAUUAACACUAUUACAGGUGAAACCACCACUCAGAGUAGUGUCGCCCAGAUUCCAAAUGCAAAGGAUGAUGACAAAUUUUUUAAGCAGUCUAUGAUGUGCGCAGCACUUAAUCUUUAUGCUGAUAAAAUAAAAAAUGAAACGGAGAAAAGUUGUCCUAUUGAUGAGAAAAGAAUAAAAGAAAUGUUCGAUAAUUGGAAUGUAUUUAAUAAACCUUCGUCUUCGUCUUCCUGUUCGAAAGAAGUUUAUGGUUGUUUUGAAUGCAAAAGGAAUGAAAAUUUUAAUGAUUGUCACCUGAGCGUCGCAGACGCUCUGGUGGAUGAAAAAAAUCGAAGUGGAACUUGCUCUUCUAACACCAACAGGGACAAAGUCCACGACGAAAUGAACGAACUCCUCAAAGAAAACAACACCCCCAAAGUGAAGUCUACUUUAACUACUAUCACUGAUAUGGACACUUUCUGUAGUAGAAUGCAAUGUGCAGCAAAACAAUACGUAAAUAAGACAAAAGGAAAAAGCACCGAUAUAAAAUGGAAUGAUAUAAACAGUGUCGUUAAGGAUGAAUUAACGCAACUUCUAGAACAUAUUACGGAUGAUAAGAAUUGGAAAGAGGUUGACUCAUACUGCAAGGACGUCAGUUCUUCGUCGAAUAACGACACCGAAGGAGAAAUAACUGCUAAGAAAAAAGCUUGUAAGCUUUUUGCUUUAGGUUUAAAACACAUUUCUAAACUUAAGGACGACCAAAACAACGAUGCCAUACCACUUAAACAAACUAUGAUGUGCGCAGCACUUAAUCUUUAUGCUGAUCAAUUAAUAAAAAAAGCAAAUAAUCAAUGUCCGCUCGAUGGAACUAAAUUGGAUCAGGCAAUAAAACACGCUUUUCAACAAUAUAAUGCCACUAUGAAUGGAAAAACUUCAUGCGGAGCUGGUAGUAAUGGUACUAAUUCUUGUUUUGUUUGCAACAGAGAAGAUAAAUUUCACAAUUGCCAAAUUGGCAACAAUCCCAAUGACAAAGUAAAGAACAAAAUGAACACACUCCUCCUCAACAACGAAGACCAAUCCAACUCCAACACCCCUAACAAGGAAAAAACACUAGACAAAAUAAAUAAAAUAGAAACUUUCUGUACUCAACUCCAAUGCGCAAUCAAACAAUACGGAAUGAGGAAUAAAAAAAUAACAGGCCAAAAUGGAACAGUGACUUGGGAUGAUAUAAACAAUGAAGCCAAAGGCGUAUUAGAGCAACUUCUAAAACAGAUUACGGAACCUUCGCAGGAGAAGGACGUUGUCGACUUCUGCAAAGACAACGCCGCAUGGAAUAAGGGCCAUAAAGAAAGGAAAACAAAUAAAGCAGCUUGUUUGCUUUUUUCUUCAGGAUUAAAGCACAUUUAUGUCCGCGGUAGGAAGUCUGUUAAGGGCCCUUUUAAGGGCCCAUCGUUUGAACAAACGAUAGGUUGCUUAUUUCUUAAAGAAUAUGCAGAACAAUUGCAAAAAGUGGCAAAUGAGAAGAAAAAAGGACAUAGUUGGGUACAUCCUCUUUGUGACAUAGAUAAGGGCAUAAAACAUGCUUUUGAACAAAGUAAAGAUAUUAUGAAGUUUGUAUUACCUGAAUGCAGCAAUGGUACUGAUGGUAUUUCUUGUUUUGAAUGCACGUUUACGGACACAUAUGAUAAAUGCCCCAUUGGCGAUGACGAAGUAAAGACCAAAAUUGAACCAAUGUUCACAGAUCCUACGAAACAAACCGAAAUGGAAGAAACAUUAUCGAAUACAGUCUGUCCCAUCCUUCUUACGGAUCUCCUUACCCCUUUUCUUCCUUUGGCUCCUGUCUCUAUUGGUCUUUCUGCUAUGGCUUAUUACCUUUGGAAAUAUUUUGGUCCUCUUGGUAAAGGAGGAGCACGUUUCAGAAGAUCUCCUACUGAAAUUCCUGGUCCAUCAGUACAGGAACAAGUCCUCGAUCAUGUGGAAGAAGCUGGUCCACAUGAAUAUCAAUUGGUGAAGGAACGAAAACCUCGUUCUGUUCCAACAAGAACAAAACGUUCUGGUCGCGUGAAUCGUCGAACGAUUAUUGAAAUUCAUUUUGAAGUGUUGGAUGAAUGUCAAAAAGGCGACACACAAUUGAACCAGAAGGAUUUUCUGGAACUUUUGGUUCAAGAAUUCAUGGGAUCGGAAUUUAUGAAAGAAGAACAGGUUCCUAAGGAAGACGUUCUUAUGGAACCUGUUCCCAUGGAACUUGUUCCUAUAGAAGAGGUUCCAAAUUUAGGUUCCGGGUUUAUGGUUUAG